UCGAGCCUACAGUAGUUGAGGUGUGGUGAUACACAAUAUGGCGUAUGUUGUGAGACGUCUCUAAGUGAAUUACGUUAUUUUGUUAUGGAAGUAAACCGACCUGAGUGGAUUUAGCCAUCGCGAACGUUCCUUGAAUGAUUGUAGUGAGCUCUCGUGCGAUUCCGGAGGAACCGAAGGGCUUGGAGAAGAGGUUUCAAUAAAUACCAUGUAAUUGGACAGCCAGUGCUUUUAAAAGAUGCCGCUCAUCUCCAAAUUCAAAGAUAUUUUCAAGGGCGGAUCCUCGAAUAAGAAAAAGAAAGUCUUUCACAAUGUUUUACUUGACAAUCCCGAAGAAGUUUGGGAGGUCAUUGGAGAGCUGGGAGAUGGAGCUUAUGGUAAAGUGUACAAAGCAAUGCAUCGGGAGACGAACCUCUCUGCGGCUCUCAAACAAGUCGCUCUAGAAGCUGAUGAGGAUCUUGAAACAUUUAUGGUUGAAAUUGAUAUUCUUUCUGAAUUUAAGCACGAAAAUAUUGUUAAACUUAUCGAAGCUUACCACUUUGAAGGAAAGUUAUGGAUGUACUUGGAGUAUUGCGAUGGAGGGGCUAUGGACACUAUUAUGCGGGAUUUGGACAGGCCUCUUGCUGAACCACAAAUUGCUUUCGUUUGCAAGCAGUUAUGUGAAGCAUUAUGUUAUAUCCAUGAAAACAAAGUGAUACAUCGGGACUUAAAAGCGGGUAAUGUUCUUUUGACAAUGGAUGGAGGGGUAAAGUUGGCUGACUUUGGUGUGUCUGCGAAAAACAAGAACACAUACGACAAGAGGGGCACUUUCAUUGGGACGCCCUAUUGGUUAGCACCGGAAGUGAUAUUGUGCGAAACCUUUAUUGAUGCCAAAUAUGAUUAUAAGGCUGAUGUAUGGUCUCUUGGCAUCUCUCUGAUAGAGUUUGCACAGAUGGACCCGCCAAAUCAUGAUGUUUCGCCCGUCCGUGUUAUGCUCAAAAUUCAGAAGUCAGAACCUCCAAGACUAGAUUACCCUUCCAAAUAUUCUAAAGAAUUCAACGAUUUUAUAGCCAAGUGCCUUACUAAGGAACCAGCCCAGAGACCAUCAGCUGUAGAACUCCUCAAGCAUCCAUUCAUUAAUCGGGAUUUAGAUGUUAAACCCAUAAGGGAUUUGCUUUUGGAAUACAAAGCUGAAGUGGUUGAAGAAGAUGUCAUAGAUGAUCCAGAGUGCCCUCCCACGGACCUGCCAGUUGUACCAGAGGAUCAGCGCACUUCACGGCACAGUGAGGGUGAGCAUAGUCCUGAUGACACCUUCUCUAUCAACUCCUCUACCACCCUAUCAUCAUUUCCGUAUGAACUUUUGAAAGACCAAGAAUCUGUUAGUAUGCUGACAAUUGAAGAAGAUAAACCUUCCACGCCUGAGAAAGAAAGCAAGGAGGUUGCGGUGGCAAGCUCAGGUGAGCGACGUAUAUCCAAAGGUCCUGCUCCUCCUCCUCCUAUUAGUGUUAGUCCUGCCAGCACUCCAUCUUCUAGUGCUUCCUCCACUCCUUCAAAGAAAGGACCUGCACCUGCUGUUCCAGCUAGCACAAAUGCCUCAAAACCUAGAGCUCCCUCACCAACAGAUAAAGCGUCAGAAAGUGUAGAAUCCGAAACAGUUAUUAGUACCCAAGUUGUCACAAGCCCCAGUAAGCAGGUUCCCACAAGCACACCUAAUAAGGGACCAGCACCGCAACCGGUAACGCCUUCUGAAAGUCCCAUGCCUAAAGAAAAGAUAGAAAUAACAAUAUCCUCGGUAGACAUUCCAGACAGUGAGGAAAAGCCCCAAUCUGUGGAUGUAAAGGUUGAUGUCAAAACUAGUGUGCUUCCUGAAAUUACAGUUGAAGAAAAGAUGGAUGUUGAUGAGUCUGUCACUAAAGAGCCAAAGAAAGAUGCUGUGAACAAAUACACUGAUAAAAAGGUGGUCAAUGACGAAGUGCUAUUGUCAAAAGAGGAAGAAAAACCCUCAUCUGUACAUAUUUUCAGUGAUAUAGAUCCCGCUUUAGUUGCCCAAGAUGCAGAACCUCUUACUCCUCCCCCUCCUUUUAAGGACACUAGUUCAGCUUCUAAGAUAGCAGUACCUGCAGAUCUCAAGGAAUCAAGUGAUACAAAUAGAGAUAAACAUGUACACGAAUCUGAUGAAGAACAAAUACCAAGUGAUAUUGAGGCGAAAGUCUAUGCUCUACCAUCGCCCCCAACUUCAUCCCCUACAACUCCCCCAGAGUCUCUGAUAGACACAGCAGUAUUGUCACAAACCGCCUCUGCUACAGCAGAAAGUGUGCUUAAAGAAAGUAGUGAAGCUUCCUUUUCCCCUCAAAUACCUGUGGUACCAGCUCCUCAAUCGCUAUCCCCUGAACCACCAGCUGAGACCAUCAUUGCUUCUAUUGGUAGUGAUGCUACCGUAAUAGUACGUACCCCAACCCCAACACCACCUGAUGUUCCCAGGACUCAAAGUCCUACAAGGAAAGAGAGUGUUGUCACUUACUCUGGUCCUUCAAUAAUAGAUGAUGUGACCAGCAAUGAAGCAGAAAUUAUGUCCUUAGUUGAUGUAGAACAAGAGUCCCCCAUACAUCAUCCAGUUCCAUCUUCACCAUCCCUCUCAGAAGCAGAAGAACAGGCUGUGCGAAUCCUUGAAUCUGCAAUUGAAAGUGCUGUUGAAACUGCAUCAAAUAAAAGUUGUCAAGAUGGAGAAGAGAUCAACUUGACUUUGACAGGAGAUGAUGAUGUUACUGAAGUACAAGUUGUGUCAAAUGAUGGUCACAAAUUAGAUGAAAGUGAAGUGGUUAUUUCCAAUUCCUCAAUCUUGCAUGAUGAAACGGAGCCCCAGCCUGUGUCCCCUAAGUCAAGGUAUGAGAUCACACUAGAGGAAGUAGGAGAGGCUGAAGAUACUCAUUCUAGUGUCACUAGUGACAGUGAUACCACCCACAUAUCUGUUGUUGCUGUGGAUGCUUUAGCCCGAACGCCGAAAGGACAGAUCAUUCUGGAGAAGAAACGCAAGGGCUCUGCUCAGGGUGAAGCAGAACAUACAAGACUCCAGGAGACAAUCUCCAACAAAUCCAACCUGAGUGGAGGGACUCCUUCUACUGGUCGCUCUGUUAGUUCAGUGGAAGAAGAUAGUAGACCUCUUGCUCUUACCAUUGAGGGAACCACUAUAGAAGCUACUGAUGUGGAUGAUGAUGUCUUUGACCAAGAACAGAAUAAUCUUAGGAAUUUACGAGAUAGCCGUGGUUCAAGCAAGCCCUCAUUAACACGAGAAUCUACAGUUGAUAGCAUGGUGUCGAGCGUGAUGUCAGUUGAAUCAAGUACUAGACCCAUUUUAACAAGGGAAUCUACUGUAGACAGUGUUAUCUCUGUUGAUUCUGUUAUAUCUACUAUGUCCACAACUUCAACCCCAAUGCACUCAAACUUUGUCUCAAGGCAGGCAAGUACAUCUGCCACGAAUUCUCCAGGACCGCGUCAUAUAGCAAAUGGUAUAGGAAGAGAUAGAUUAGCAGACAAGUCAGAUUGGGAUAACAUCAGCACAACAAGCUCUGAAAAGGAAAAUAAACAUCGGAUGGAUCAAGAUGACAAUUCUGAUGAAGUGAUUCUUAGGAGAGUUCCCAUGUCUGACAAAAAUGAUGCUAACAACAGGGCUGGAGAUAAAAAUAGAGGCAAGACCAAAGAGGAAAUGGAUAUGGUGGCCCUUAGAAGGAAGACUAGGAAACGUACAAGGAAGUUUGUUAUUGAUGGUGUGGUUGUCACCACAACUACAAGCAAGGUUAUUUAUGGAGAUGAUGAAGAAAUGGGAACACUUUCAUCGGGUCACAUGGCAAGAAAACAAGAAUUAAGAGAGUUGAAAUUGCUGCAGAAGAUUGAACAAAAGCAAUUCCAAGAACUUGCAGUAAAAGCCAACAUUGCCAAGAUGGAACAAGAAAAGAAGUUUGAUUUUGAAAAACAACAGUUGCUACGUAGUUACGAUACAGAAGUUGAAGCAUUGAAUAGACAACAGAAACAACAGGUUGAAAAGGCUGAAAGUCAGCAAGAAAUUGAACUGAAGAAUGCCAGCAAAAAAAUAAGGGCAGAGCAAGAACGCGAACUCAAGGCUUUCCGUGAAUCAUUGAAAACAGAAUUAAAACUAUUAAAGCAAGAAAUAGAUCUCCUUCCCAAGGAUAAAAGGAAGGAUGCAUUUAAAGCCAGAAAAGAAAAGUUAGAUGUAGACCAGACUGAAAGAGAAAAGAUCUUCCUAGAAAAACUUCAUGAAGCUCAUGAGGUGUCUCUAAAACGUCUUGGAGAUGAUCAUCGAGAAAGGAUUGCUCUCCUUGAGAGGCAAUUCUUGCAGCAAAAGCACCAGCUGUUAAGGUCACGUGAAUCAGCUCUCUGGGAGAUGGAAGAGCGUCAUUUACAUGAGAAGCAUCAGUUAUCCAAAAGACAACUUAAGGAUAUAUUUUUCCUUCAGCGACACCAGAUGUUGGUACGACACGAAAAAGAACUGGAGCAGGUGAAACGAGUCAACCAGCAAAAAGAGGAGGAGCUAGUCAAAAGGCAGCAGGUUGAAAGGAGACAGUUGCCAAAGAGGAUACGCCAAGAAAUGAAAGCAAGAGAAUUAAUGUUCCGUGAGAGUAUGCGAAUCAGCACUACACAUCUUCCAGAUUCUCAAGAAGAUGAAAAAGAUAAACUCAAAAAGUUCCAAGAAAAUGAAAAACGAAGAUAUGAGGCAGAAAAACGCCGGGCUGAACAGAAACACAGGCAUAAGCUAGAAGAACUUCAAGCAGCCUCAGAAGCUACUGCUAAAGAACUUGAGCAGUUGCAAAAUGAAAAACGGAAAAUGUUAAUGGAACAUGAAACUUACAAACUUAAGUGUCAGGAUGAGGAAUACCAGCGCGAAGUGCGAGACUGGAAAGACAAUCUCAAACCACGAAAACAGAAAUUAGAGGAAGAAUUUGAAAAACAGCUUAAUGAACAGGAGCAGUUUUAUGGAGCCUACUUAAGCCGCGGUGUAGAUUCAAACAUGACACCCUCUCAGUCCACAUCUAGCCUGGCCCGUUCUAAUGCUUCUUAGAUUGGUUGGUUUCUUGAUGCAAGAUAUGCAAAUAUAGUCAUUAUUGUGAACUUCUCAAAGAAAUUAGUCCUAAUUAUGUGUUCAGGUUUAUUGAUUAUCAUGAUAUAGAUGAGUUUACGUAUUUACAUGGGUUAAUGGUAUCUAGCAAGGGUCUUUAGUACCAUUAUGGUUGUCAAAAUGUUUUUUGUGACUAACACCCAUGUAAACAUUUAUGAUUUUAUUUACUUUAAAGUAGGGGAGUAGUAGUGAAAUCUCCUUUACAAAGGACUGCCAGGAACUAUUCAUGGGAACGUUAAUUAUACUAUCACAUUAGUGAUUUUUGACCAUGCUCUGGUUUAGUUGGUAACAAGUGACUACUGGAUUUGGUUGGAUGAACUUCAGUAAUGCUGGCUUAGCUUUUUAUCUAAUUUAUAGAAACUAUAUAAACUCAUUUGUGCUUUUUUGACAGUCGCCCAGUUCACAAGUUCGCAUAUGUAAUAUGCUUUCUUAGUCAACUCCUGUAAUGUAUGACAGUACCUUAUUGGUAUUGAUAGUUGUGUCGAUACUUCUUUCUGAAACUUUUUAUUUAUUGAUUAUCAAAUACUCCGGAAAAGAAGCACAAACCUUAUCUGUUAAGGAUUAAUGGUAAACUGUGUCUUACAGAUUAGUGAAAAUUCAUAUUCAUUCAUGACCAUACAUUAUCUGUUUCUCCACAUCACAUAGUGAUCUGUAUUUGCUGCAAACCACCUCAUAGGAUAGUCAUUUCAUCUUAGUCUCAGCUGUUGAGAAAUUUAUAGGUCAGGCAUUUAAUUUUAAGCAAAAUAUUUAUUUUGAUUAUUAAUCUUUGCCCGAAUUAACCUUUCAAAAAUUAUUUUGUAAGUUCCCCAUAUUGCUUUAAUACAGAUUUAUGGUAGUAUUCAGUAAUGACUGUGCCAUACCAAGCAAUUUUUCAAUUAGUAAAUUGAGUCAUUGGUAAGGCCAUACAAUAAUCUUUGAACAAGGAAAAAAAAUUAUACAAUUAUGUGCGAUUGUGCUUUGAUAAAUGAAAAUUAAGAGUGGAAACAAAUGUUGCAAACUUUAGUGGAAGUGUUGAUUAAUUUAGUUUAUGGUGGUUUGUGGUAAAUGCUCUGGCAUCUCAUUUCAGGUUUACUGAAACUAAUAAGCACAACAUAACAUGAGAUUCAUAUUGCAGUAGUGUUGAAUUUUAGGAAAAGAAUAGUUUCUGGAAUGUAUAUUCAUUAUAAAACCGCCUUUUCUCUCCUCAAUACAAACAUUGCCUGAAAAUAUGUUGGAAAUGAAUGGUGUGCAAUUGAAUUCCAUGGCUGUUUUGAAGAUGCAAUAAAAAACUGCUAUACUUUUAACCAUUUUAUGACUCCAGACUGGUUCAACUUGAAUUAUACCCAUGUAUGUUUUUGUCAUUAUACCUUAAAAUUAAAAUUAAAAAUAUUUGUGAGUAUGUGCUUCUACCAGUCUAGGUGAUGUCCAUUGUUUUGCAAUUUGGUUUUUUUUUUUUUUACUUUAAUCUGUCAUUAUUAAUAUAAAUACACUUAUGAACACAAAUGUACGCUUUAACAAUCAUGUAAUGUUUCAUACAUAUCUAUAUACACUGCUGUAUUCCAGUAUUAAAGAAAUAUGUUUGGCCUGGCUGUGAUAUGAGUGCCACCAUCUGUCUUUACUAAAGUUGUGUUGCUCAGUGGAAUUUACCAUUGACCUAAAAAGGUAAAGGUGUAAUUUACAAAUAUUGCCUAGGGCAGGUAAAAAAUUCAGUGCUGAAUUUGCAUUGAAUUUGAAGAAUUGCUAUGACAUGUUUUCAAAUAUACAUGCAUCCAAUGUAGAUGUAAAAAUAUAAUCUUGUAAGCAGUAUAUUGUUAUUGUUUACAGUAAAUUCCAAUGAAAAGAACAAAAGCUGAAGGAAGAAAAUAAUUAAAUUACCAACAGAUAGAAAAAGUGUUAAUGAAAACUGUCACCUAAAAACUGAAGUUGACAGGACAGGCUCAUUUGGGUAAAUGGGGAAUCAAAAAUAAAGAGAAGAAAAUUCAUCAGGCUACCAGCAGAGAACUAUAAAAUUGUAAGGGUUCAUCUGAAAUAUGAGAAAUGUAAAAAGUGAGGACGAAAUGCAAAACCAAUAGAUUGACCAGUGCUUGUGACAAGAUAAAGAAAUUAUUGCUUUUCUUCAGAUCACUAUGGUGUUCCAUCCUCACAUGAGCAAUUUUGCUUUACAAAAACAAAAUUUAUAAUGGUAGUUACUUAAAGUUGCUUAGGUGCAGGUAUUAUGAAGUGUGAUUUAUGGAAAACAGCAUUCAUAUACAUUACAUAUUUAGAAUGGAUGCAAUGGUUGUUCCUUGAAUUGAAGGUAUAGUGUGACAGCCAAAAGCACCCAUAUGGGUAACUGGCUUUUAUAUAAUCCAUACCAAUAAGUUUUUAGUGGAAAAUUAAUCUAGCUACUCUUGGUACACAGCAAAGAUCUAAAUUGGUGAUAAGGCAAACAUCAAGGAAAUAACCAUCUUAAGAAAUUAGCUCAAUAGUUUUUGAACGCAAUGUUAAGAAAUUGAACGUAGAUCUAAGGGAUGAGUAUUGUUUCAAUGUCCAUUAACAUACAAGUGCAAUCAACUUUCCAUGUUUGCAGGCUUUUUCAUUCAGUGAUUUUCUUGAUAAAAUUGGGUAAGCAAGGAUUGCCAAUACGUUCAUAGGGUGAAGCUUGGUUAAUGUUACACUGGCAUCUUUCUGCAGGAAUAAAUUUAAGGGAAAUAUCUUUGGACUACAUUUGGCGUUAUGUUUUUUUUUUUCAUUCAUUAUCAGCCACCAAGAAUUUUAAAGAAAAAUCUAUUGCAGUUAUCAAUUAUUGUAACUGAUAAUAUUGAUAGAUUAAGUUAUGGUUCUCUGGUGUCUUGUCUGGACAUGGGAUAUAUCACCUAUAUCAGUUACCAGAACAAACAUUAUUUUGUUGGAAAUCUACCAUAUUAAAUUGUGAUUAAUUGCUAGAUCAUAAAAUAAUAUGCAUACACAGAUUUAUUUAAUGUGUGUAUAUUGUAUACAUACAGUAUUUGCAUAUAUGUGUACUGUAAUUAUAGUAAAUACUGUAUAUAAAUAUAGUGUGUAUAUAAUAUACUCAAUGGCAGUAUGUGUAUAUAGAAGAAAUGUAUUUGUACGUACUUUGAGAUAGUUCCAUCUUUGUUGUCACUAGGACAGAGGUGUUAUACUUUAGGGCUCAUAUGCUAAUUGAAAAAGAAUGUGACAUGUAGGGAACAGUUACUUUCAGCGCAAGAGGGUUAAAACCUAUUGGAACAGAGAGUACCUACCCAUAUGCUUUGUGGUAAUGCUAGCAUUCCGUUAACCCCAUUCUGGGAAUAUGCAUGAUACAGUGCCUCAUGUUACAUUCUUGGUCUUAACUAUGUUUGACUCGUGCCUCUUUUAAUUAAUUAGAUGCUUUAUAAAAUGUAGUAGGUCAAUCUAAGAAGGAAGACAAUUCAAUUAAAAUGGUUAUAUAAAACAGAAUGCAGUUUUAGAACUUGUAAAUUUCCUGAAGUUCAUGUAAGAAAUUUAUUUUGUUUGUGAUAGAUGCUGGUGGCCAAAAGCUGCCUGUUUUCUUGAUGAAUAAUGAAUGCAAAACAGGGGCGAGAGCACUGCAGAAGGUUAAGUAUUCAAAGAAACAUACAGUAUCUUCAGACCCCUUCUUGAGACUUCACCGUAUUCAGUAUUUUGAUGACGUGACUAAAUAGACAUCACUUAGACCUCCUUUUACAGUGAAGUUCAAACUGGUCAAGAAAGAGUCAAAUGUUUUAUUGAUUUAAGAAUGUGUGAAAUAACAGAAGAAUGAAUGAAAGAGAAGUGGAUUUACAGAAGAUUUUGGUGGGCUUAAGAGGAGUCCAGAAGACAAAAGCACUGAUGAGUGAAAUGAAGUUGUGAUUACUUUAUCCUGUACAGUUGAUAAUAAUGUUGCAGUGAAUCCUAUUGUUAAUGAGAGUAGCAUACGUAAAACUAAUUUCAAUUUUCACUUAGUAGAGUGUAAGAACUCGGUAGGGGAUGUUUAGUUUUAAGAUCAUUUAAGAGAGCAAGUGAAACAUCAGUCAAGUCAAAGGAAAUCAUUUCCGAAUCUUUGAGGCUUCCACUUUACAGCUCAGAGUUGAAUGGAUUAAACUUUGAAUGCUUGCGAUUCAGAAACUGUUAUUUUAAUUAGGCAGAAGGCAUGAUUUCACCUUAGAGGGGAAAUGAAAUUGAAGGUCUCUCAAACUUGAAAGAGAGUGAUGGAGGAGUUUAAAGGUCCAUUAACAGAUAUUUCUCAGGUGGAAGUAGAAAUACUAACACUCAUUCUAAACUUGAUACUAGGAGAAUUAUAAUCAUAGCAACUAAUUUCACAUACUAUUUAUAUUUUUCUAUCCUUUGGGUCACCUUAUUUUCCUACACUUAAAAAAACAACCCCUUCCCACCCUGGCAAGAUGACAGAAGAAAUUUGUAUGUAUAUCUAUAGACAAUCAAUCCUAAAUUUUGCAAGGCUGGCGCGCGCGCGCGCACACACACACACACACACACACACACACACACACACACACACACACACACACACACACACACACUCUCUCUCUCUCUCUCUCUCUCUCUCUCUUCUCUCUCUCUCUCUGUGUGUGUGUGGUGUUUCCAAAUUAUUGGAGAAAACUGCGAAUAUAACUACUCUUUUAUGCACAGUGGGAACGUUAUCGUUCUUUCAGAGAUUUAUUUUAUUUCUAAAAAUCAUACAAGUGAAUAACCAGACCUGCAAAUGAUAGGGAUUGACUGUAUAUAUAUAUAUACAUAGUGUGUGUGUGUGUGCGCAUAUUGUGUGUGAUGGUGUAUAAGUAUUGUAUGAGUGUAAAUAUAUAUAUAUAUAUAUAAAUUCUUAUAUAUAGAAGAGAAGGGAAGGUAGAGGAUGUGCUACAUCAGUGUAAAAGAUUUGAUAUGUCUCAUGAGGAUCAUAACUUCCAGGUAAGUUUGAAUAUAUUCAGGCAUUGAUAAUAAGAUAUUUAGGUGUAUAUUUAAGUGUUCAUCAGACUUUUAUCAUUACUACUAACAAAUUUUGGAAGUUAAUAGUGUUUGAUGUAUGUUGAUAUAACAUCUUUGAUGUAUGUUGGUACAGCUGUCAUAAUUGUUGGAAUUUAAUUCAUUUUAUUGGAAUUGUAACAAGCCUUUCAUAGACUUAUUCUUAUUCGUCGUUGCACUACUUUGCAAAAUUGUACCUUAAUAUUUUUGUGGUGUUUAUGUGAAAUGUAGUAAAUGCUCCUUUGUUGAAACUUCUUGUUUGAAUUGCUGUAUUAUAUGACUACAUUGUAUUCUAUAAUUUACUGUAGUCCCUUUCAGUAUUGUACUUAGCAUCAAUUCUUUGACCUCUUCUUUUUAUGGUCCGUACUGCAAAAAGGCACAGUGAUGGUGCGAAAGUUUAGCCUUUGAAGUUGUGAAACGAUAUAUUAAGUUCUGUAUGUAUUCCAGUCUCUACGAGUCAAGCCAUGCAAUAAUGGGAUAACCUAGUUUUAUACUUCCUAACUCUUGUAUGACAUUUUAUUUGCUUCAAUCUCUGAUAUUGACUGAUAGGGUCUCUAAGAUGAGUUUUAGUCGUAGGAACCAUUGAGCAAUGUGGUUACUACAGUAUACAUGUUAAUUGUCCAAUUUUUGGACUAGAACUGUAAAGAUUUGUGUAAGUUAUCUUUAAAUAUAUACUUGUUGACCAACAGUGUAUAGAAAUAAUAAAUUGCUUUAUUACUCA